GGUUCUCUUUGGGAGUGACCAGGAUGGAUAGGAUCAGGAAUAAUAUCAGAGGGAUAGCGCAUGUUAGAGGUAAAGUCAGAGAGGCCAGACUGAGAUGGUUUGGGCAUGUCCAGAGGAGAGAUCGCAUAAAAUGUGGAGGCAUCCUUUCUGCGCCGUCCGGCAACCUAUCCAGUCCAAACUUCCCAGACUUCUAUCCAUUCAACAUCCUCUGUUCAUGGCUCAUUGUUGUACCGGAAGGUUCUUCAGUGCUGCUGACAUUCCACUACUUUGAGUUAGAGUAUCACACCAGCUGCGCCUACGAUCACAUCAAGAUCUACAAUGGCGUGGCCGGUGACGAGGGCAACCUACUAGGGACCUUCUGCGGUGAUGCACCCCCACCAGCCUUUACCUCAUCCUGGAAUGUCAUGUCAAUCAUCUUUCGGUCUGAUCGUCACGUAGCGCACAGGGGCUUCAGUUUGGGCUACAGGAAAGACAUGUGCGGCGGUGUACUAACGGGCCUGUCGGGCGUCAUCUCAAGCCCGGGUUACCCGGCUGAGUACAGCAAUGACGCUGACUGCACGUGGCUCAUUCGUGUGUCCAACAGCAGCGCCGUCACUCUUCUUUUCCUGGAUUUCCAGAUGGAAAAUAACGAAGGCUGCCACUUUGACUAUGUGGCCCUGUUUGACGGCCCCACCGUGACGCAUCACCACCUGGGGACGUACUGCGGGACCGACAAACCCCCCACUACCGUCACCACAGCCAACCAGCUGCUGCUCGUCUUCAAAUCAGAUUUCAACAUCGGGGGACGAGGCUUCAAGGCGUACUACUACUCUGGAGAAUGCCAACAGGUGCUGUCGGACGUGGGCGGCAACUUCAGCAGCCCUAAUUUCCCGCACAUCUACCCGAACAACAUCAACUGCCACUGGAGCAUAUCGCUAGCAGCUGGCUACCGUAUCAAGCUCUUUUUCCCUGUGAUGGACCUGGAGGGCCGCAACAGCCUGACUGAUGCAUGCGACUACGACUGGGUGGCCGUGUACGACGGUGAACGCCAGGCAGUGGAUGCGAUGCUGGGACGUUGGUGCGGCGCCGAGAGACCACGAUCACUCGUCUCUCGAGGCAACAAGAUGCUGGUGGUUCUUAGCACGGACAGAGACAAGGCGCACAGAGGCUUCACCGCUUCUUAUCUCGGAGUGGUGCCUGUGAAUGUGAGCUGCACCAGGUCAGAGUUCACCAUCCUGAUACCUCAGAAGUCAUUACCCCAGCUGGACCGUGAACGCAUCUAUCUGGGCAACCCCUCGUGCACCGCCCAACUGACAGCCACUUCUUACAAAAUCCUUGCACAGUUUGUUAACUGUGGCACAGCCAGCCAGAAGCACCGUAACGUUACCAUGCUGGUCAACAAGCUCUACAUUGAUUUCUCCGAUGGCGAACGGAACAAUGUGCAGGAGUACAAGGUGCAGUGUGACGCAAUGCGCAAGUUGGCCUCAGCGUCCAUCGUCUCAGUGGAGGAGCGUCGGCUGGAGGAGGAGGCAAUGCAGGUCGACGCUGCCGGCGUAGGGCCUGAAGUGGUGUUCGCUGAGGCCGAGCCCCACGAUCUCAGCGAUAUUGUCUUCAUCAGUAUCUGCGUCCUGGCAGUCAUCCUCAUGGUGAUUGCCAUCGUCUGGCUCGUCUUGCUUUAGCGGCCGAAUUUCUUUGGCCACGACAUUGGGUACAAAAUUGAAUGCAAGAGCCGCAUCAAAAAUUUGUACCUUGAAAUAAAAAUGCACGGUUGUAGACUACCACCGUAUCCCCUCCCACUUAUAAACAAAGAACAGCGGGGGAGGACUUUUUAGGCAAACACAAGCCACAAGAUUUAGAGGGGCUCCCAAAUGUCUCCCAAAAAGUAGUUAAUAAAACUUCUUUGAGUCAAACAAUUAUUGUUUUAGUCUUAAUUCCCAUGGUGAAUGCUUCAGCUAUCGUUAAUGCAUCAUCUCUUUAAAUUUGUUGGACUUUCAUAUUUUAGUGUACAUGAGCAUAUUUUGAAACAGGAAGAGGAGAGCAAAACUGUAAUAAAAUUGUAAAAGUCAGAUUUUACUUAGGACACAUUUCAGCCAAAAAUAGGCCGGUUACAUUUAAACGUUUUAAUCUAAUUACAUCCAUAAACUUCGAGGUAUUGUUUUACUUCCUUCCCUUGGGAUUGCUUUACAUUCUUGCGCUUUAUUAUCAUGGAACUGAAACCUACUUUUCUGGCUCUUGUAGAAGACAAAAUGAUACACCACAAGGUAUUCCUACAAUUUUGUGCAAGUUUAGUUUUAUUUUAUAUGUUGAUGCAGGAUUAAAGCAUGCCCGCCUUACAG